AUGACCCCCAUCCUCCAAACUCCAACCCACACCUUCUACCUCCGCCCCGCCGCACCCCCCGACACCCCUGCCCUCAACACCAUGAUCUCGCUCUCGGUCCGCACGCUGCACACCCCAUUUUACUCCGCUGCGGUAAUCGAUUCAGCGAUGAAAUACGUGUAUGGCGUCGAUUCCCUGUUGAUUUCUGACGGGACGUAUUUUCUGAUCUCCGCUACCCCGCUCCAAUCCCCAAACCAGAACGAAGAGGAAAUCGUAGCAGCAGGCAGCUACUCCUUCCGCAGCACCCUGUACGGCGGGGAUCAAUUCUCGGCGCGGGAUCCGACGGAGUUAGAUCCAGGCAAAGAUGCGGCGAGGUUGAGGGCUAUGUUUGUGCAUCCAAGCUUUACGGGGUUGGGGCUAGCGGGGGUGAUGUUGAGGAGGUGUGAGGGGGAGGUUAGGGGGAGGGGGUUUAGGAGGUUGGAGUUUGGGGCUACGUAUGCGGGAGUUGGGUUUUAUGAGCGGGCGGGGUAUGGGAGGUUGGAAGAGGAGGGAGUAGGGGGCAAGGGAAGGUGUGAUAAGGUGAUGGAGGAUGGGAGGGUGUUGGAGUUGGUUAAGAUGGGGAGGACGUUCUAG